AUUUACUAUUUGGGAAAAAAAGUUUCUGCCUAAAAGAUUAGGGUUUUCCUGCAAUUGAGGAUUGUGAGCAUUUGAUUCCAUCAAACACUACAUCGGAGCAUUGCACUGUAUCGAUUAUCGGCAUUGUCCUCGCCGUUGCAUCUCGUUCAACCCCAUGCCUAUAAAGUGGAUUUUGCACUGGCAGCCCAAUGCGGGACACACCGUGAACAGUCAGAUACUAGCUGAAGUUUCGCAGUGUGUUGAGAGCAUCAAUGGUGUCAAGGAAGGAAAAUGGAAAGCUACACUCAGCUUCUACAGACCCGUUCUCAAAGAACAAGCGAAUCCAUCAGAAUUCCCCCGUGACUUUCUGGGAAUAUCACUACCAGAACAACCAAACAAAUACUACCUCGUUUUAAGAGGACAAAGAUUAGUUCUUGAAGCAGAUUCCACCAUCCAGACUAUAAUGGAAAAGCUCCAGUCUUACAAAACUAGAGUAGCACUCAAUUUUGAGGGAUUUCAAUAUCAACUUGGUGAUUUCCAAUUGAGGGUGGGUAAAGUGGUUUCCAUUCAAUCAGAAAGUUUAAGGGGAAUUGUCAUGGAGAUGGAAUAUCGACCAAUUUCUUCAUGGGAAAAGUCUCACAAAAUCAUGGGUGAGUUUUUUGACAUAUGGCAAGAAGCUCUAUCAAAAAGAUCAUUAGCAGGUCAUUUUGUCCACAUGGAACCAAACUUUGGGGAGUUUGGCUUAUCUGGACAAUACACCUUGCAACACACAGCUGUUCAAUAUGCAACAAUCAUGCUUCAGAUGAUAGCAACUGCUCAAUCAGUUAGAAACUAAUGUUUUCACUAAUGUAAGCAUUCGAAUCUCUAUUUAUAAUAAAAAUGCUUUAUUAAAAGAUAA